AUGUGUUUGCAAAUUGGUGACAUUGUUGUCCAUGUAUUGAUUGCAUUGAUGUUUGAGAAGUCUCACAUUCAUUCUCGGACAUUCAUAUACGCUAUUAGAUUUCAUAUCAAAAAUACUUUCGUCUACCUUUCACAUGUUAAUUUUACACAGUGUAUAAACAAAUUAAUAUUAUUUUGCAGAAAUAAGGCGAUUGCUGACUACCUAGGUGCUAAUAAUUACAUCGACGCAUUAGAAUCGUUUCGCAAAGAAGCUGAUUUGGAUGCCACGGAAUCGAUUGAAAUUAAAUAUAGUGGUCUGUUGGAGAAAAAAUGGACAUCUGUAAUUCGUUUACAAAAGAAGGUAAUGGAACUUGAAGCGAAACUGUCUGAGGUUCAAAAAGAAGCCUCCGAGGGUGGACCAAUUAAAGCAAAGCGAGCACCAGGCGAAUGGAUACCACGACCACCUGAAAAAUUUACCUUGAAUGGACAUAGAGCCACCAUAACCAGGGUUAUAUUUCAUCCAGUGUUCAGCUUAUUAAUUACAUCUUCCGAAGACGCCACGAUUAAAGUAUGGGAUUUCGAAACUGGAGAAUAUGAACGGACUCUUAAAGGGCAUACAGAUUCCGUACAAGACAUUGCUUUUGAUGUACAAGGAAAAGUACUAGCCUCUUGUAGUGCCGAUAUGUCAAUAAAAUUGUGGGAUUUCACGCAAACGUUUGAGUGUUUCAAAACAAUGCUUGGUCAUGAUCACAAUGUUUCAUCAGUCGCAUUUGUUCCAGCUGGUGAUUUUGUUUUAUCUGCAUCACGCGAUAAAACAAUUAAAAUGUGGGAAGUUGCUACUGGAUACUGCAUUAAAUCAUAUGUUGGACACCGGGAGUGGGUUCGAAUGAUUCGCGUUCAUCCGGAUGGUGCAAUUUUUGCAUCCUGUUCAAAUGACCAUUCAAUUCGUGUAUGGAAUAUAAAUACAAAAGAGUGCAAAGUUGAAUUACGAGACCAUGACCAUACUGUUGAAUGCAUCGCAUGGGCUGGCGAAAAUGCAUCGCAGACUAUAAAUGAAGCAGCCGGCACUGAUAACAAGACAGGCUCGCACCAUGGACCGUUUUUGGCUUCUGGAUCCCGUGACAAAAGCAUACGGGUUUGGGACAUUAGCAUUGGUGUAUGUCUUUUCGUUUUGAAUGGCCAUGACAAUUGGGUAAGAGGAAUUGUUUUUCACCCGGGUGGUAAAUUUAUAAUAUCAGCUAGCGAUGACCGAACCAUACGCUGCUGGGAUAUACGUAAUAAGAGAUGUCUCAAAACUAUUAACGCGCAUCAGCACUUUUGCACAUCUGUUGAUUUUCACCAAAAUCUUCCUUAUGUGAUCUCAGGCAGUGUCGACCAGACUGUAAAGGUUUUUGAGUGCCGCUAAGUUAUAAUUUUCAAGAACAAGCUGUUCUCAAGUAGUUCUAUUCGAAAAUAAUAUAAAUUAUUCUAUUUUUAAAGUAUAAUUUUAAUUUACAUUUAUGUAUUAGGCAAAAACUAUUCAGUGCACACCCAAAUUAAACCAAAACAGACUCAAAUAUGUUUUAACAAAAAUUAUAAAUGACACUUCAAAUUGAAAAUAAUUAAAAUUUCAAUAUAUAAUAAUAGAGGAAAUUAAAUAAACUCUAUUCAAAAAUUAUUUGUAUCUUCAUCAGAGAUUGAGUUGUGCAUAAAGAUGUGGUAGAUUUUUUUUAUUGUAGUGAAAAUAAAGGUUCAAUAACGUUAGCUAUUUUUACGUGCUCAACUCGCUCUAUCUAUCUUCUUAUGAACGUAUCAAAUCAGUUUUGACAAGUUAUCGAUAGCCUUGCGUGAUGAAGAAGUUGAUCAUCAACCGUAAUUACUUCAUUCAAAUGUUUUUUUAAAAUAAUCAUUGGCCCAUAAUACAAGAAGAGAAGAAUAAAUGAAUAUUUAAUUCGCUUUUUCACGAUA